CCUCAUUCUCAAUUCUACUCUCUCAUUCUCUCAAUUCAACUCUCUUUUUCAUCUCUCUCUCUCUGUCUGCAUUCUUCUUUCUGUAGUCUAUGUGGGAUUUCGGUUCUUGAGAUUCUUCAUCUUUUCUAGUUGUUCUUGCUCGAAUCUUCUUUCCCUUCUCUUUUCUGUGGUUAAUUAAGGCUUUGCUUUUGCUGAUCAUGGCCAGUUUGGAGGCUCAACACUUACUUGAAUGUAUCAUUCUCGAUUACCUGUCUAAAAGAGGUUUCCAUCAGACUGGUGAGGUAUUCUCCAACGAAAUUCGUGCUAGACAAAAUCUUGUUGCCAUCAAUUCUCCUCAUGAAGCAUUUCUGCAAACGUGGUGGGUUAAAUUUUAUGAAGCAUACAGAUCUAGCUUCCCUGACGAUGAUGUAUUAGCUAAUGAAUCCUUCGAUAAGGUUGCACAGACUGUGGAAAGCAUUGUGGCUAAUAACGGUCCUGCAAAUCAAUCCUAUGCUUCUUAUCAUACGGGAGCAAACAUAUCUAAUGUGAUGCCAUCCCCUCAUUUGAUGGCAUCGAUGGAAUCCAGCGUUCCUGAUUUUAUGAACGAUAAGAUUUCAGAUAUUCUGUCAUCUCUUGGUACCGGUUAUGCGUUACCAGAUUUAUCAGGCUUACCGUUUCCUGAUAUUAGUAAAAUGGGUGGCGUGCUUCCAUUUGCAAGCAAUUCAGGCUAUCAAAUGCAGCAAAUGCCAACUGUUCCUCCAGAGUGGAAUGCAAGAGGAGUCGGCUCAAUUCCACCUGUCAUUAGCCAUCAAGUUGUACAUCCCAGUGUAAUAGUGCCAACUAAAAGGGAACAGUUUCGGAGAACUACAUCCUUUCCUCAGCAGGAUGUUUUACCAAAUGUAGCAGUUCAAACAUUGGAUAAGCUCAAACAUCCUACCCCUAUGCUUGGUGAUACAAAUCAAAGAACCUCGGAGCAUCUACAAGCUGACCAGCAAGGUACUGGAAAGCAACCUGCAGUGCAGAGUGACAGAAAGAGGAAAACUCCCUCGAGUUCUCUGCCACCUGUUGGGAAAGAGAAAAGUACUGCCGCUGGUCUGGCUAGUGCAUUGAAGAAAAGUUUCGCUGCGCCUGCACGCGCUCAAGCUGAAAGAGAAGGCCUCUCUUUUAAAGAGAUUAAUAACCUUCACGCAACAAACAACAAGCUCCUAUGUUGCCACUUUAAUUCACAAGGAGAUUUAUUGGCUACUGCUGGAAAAGAUAGGAAGGUUCUGAUUUGGGAAUGGGGAAAUGACAAUGUUAAUUCUGGAGAAGGUCAUGCUCACUUCAUUACAGAUAUCCGCUUUAGACGAGACUCAACGGUGUUUGCAACGUCUUCCUUUGACAGAACUGUGAAGAUAUGGGAUGCAGCCAAGCCAAACAACCCUUUCCAAAACCUUGCCGGGCAUGCCGGGCAUGUGAUGUCAAUAGAUUUUCAUCCAACAAAGGUGAAUCUCCUCAGUUCUUGUGAUAGCGAGGAUGAGAUUAGACUGUGGGAUGUCAAUAAGGGUGAUUUCACACUCAUUUUUAAGGGAGGCAGUAGACAAGUUAGAUUUCAACCUCAACUUGGGGACUUUCUGGCAAGUUCUACCGAAAAUAUUAUAAAUCUCUUUGAUGUCCAGACAAACAACAUCCAAAAAAAGUUACAAGGACACGUCAAAGACGUCCGUUCAAUCUGCUGGGAUAUGAGUGGGAAUUACAUGGCAUCCGUGAGCGAGGAUAGUGCACGGAUAUGGUCUGUUAGUGAAGGAAAGUGUAUACAUGAACUGUGCUCCAGUGGCAAUAAGUUUCAAUCGUGCACUUUCCACCCUGUGUACGCUCAAUUGUUGGUGAUUGGCUCGGAUGAGUUCCUGGAGCUGUGGAAUCCAAUCUUCCAGAGCAACAUAACAUGGCCAUAUAGUGCACAUACUGGUAUAAUUUCUUCAUUAGCAGAUUCACCUUCAAAAGGAACCAUAGCUUCAGUGAGUCAUGACGAGUGGAUCAAGAUAUGGCAAUGAAGCUUCUUUGUAGAUGAAGCCACAACAGUCAUUAUUUCUUCUCUCUCUUAUCCAAAUUACAUCAAUAUCUGAAUGAAACUACAGCUGCAUACACUCUUUCGCUAACACCUAACAAGGGUGCAUUUGGUGCCAAGAAAGGUGACAGUAUUCUUGGCGCAUCACCAAUGUAAUGAUUUACCUGAAAUGUUGUAUCAGUCACAAACUUUGAUCCCCAUUGUUUCAAACUCUUAUACUAUAUGUUAUCAUUUGGAAAUUGAUAUUUAAAAUGUUAAUUA